CCGGAAGCAAAUAAUAUCUCUCCAGAUACAUCUGCUCAAAACAUUUGGAUAAAAGAGUUCGUCAGAAGAAACAGGUAACAGAAAAUGACCAGAGAUCAUUCGCUGCAUAUGCUGAACAGUCGCAUUCAUUAGUUAAUACUCUGGAAUUCAGCCAGUGAAUGGAAGUGGCGAGGGCCCGAGAGAUGGGUCCAGAGAGAAUCUUACCGAACUCCGAGGAGGAUGUGGUGCAGGACCGGCCUUUAGACACCGCUGUGCCGGAGGAGUGGAGCGGAGAGGACAUGGAGGAGGAGGAGGAGGAUGAAGGAGGCGCUGGAGACGAGGACAGUGCUGGAUAUUAUUAUCAGCCUCUGAAUCAAGACCCAGACGGGAUGAACAACUCACACACAGAGCCAGCGGAUGAGGGAACCAUCGCAGAGCAGCUCCAGGACGUCCAGGAGAGAAUAGAGGCCAUGGGUCUGUUCCUGCCCCAGCCUCCACCUGACAGCGAUGAAGAGGAGGAUCCUGAAGGAGCUGCUGCCUGUAGAAGUCAUGCGUCCAUUCCCAUGGAUGCAGAUCACGUUGAGCUGGUGAAAAGGACCAUGGCGGCUAUUAAUUUGCCGACACUGGGAAUCCCUGCCUGGGCCCAGGAAAUCUCUGACGACCAGUGGAAGGACAUGGUGCAGCAGACGCUUCAGACCAGACAGAGCUCUGCGGGCCUGAGACUGGAACGCAAGUGAAGCCUCAUCUCGCCCUCUACACAUCUCACACUGCAGACACGCUAAACAGAGCUUCUGACAUUUGCUCAUCUCAAACAAACCAAAAGGCACAUUUAUCACCUUAGCUGUGGUUUAUAACAACUGUGGACUGAAAUUCUUAAAGUGGAAAUGUAAUGGUUUACCUUUUAAUUGCUUUGAACUGUUGCUCAUCAAGUGUCCCGAUUAUUCAGUUACAGAGUUGGUAAAAAUAGUCCUGAAAAACCCUAGACAUAUUUCAGCCUUGUCCCAAUGCAGUUGUGUUAAUUAUGCAGUAUGGUUCUUUUGCUUAAUUACUUUUUUUGUAAAGUGAAGUUUGGCAAGAUUUAGUGGUUGCUUUUGUAUGACGGUAUAAACAUGUAAUGGUGCAUCUCAGUUUUGUGCUGUUUAAAUCACACAAAAAAAUCCAUUAAUCUGAUUGUUGACAAUGUGCAAUGAGUGAUUGAUCCUUUAUGUAUUUCACACGGCUUGAACAACACAGAUGGCCGCCACGUCUUUUGUGUUUCUUUAUUUUUGUUCUGUACAUACAUGAACAUCUGUACAAAAUAUGACUUUCAUACUAUGUAAUGCUCAACCUAAUUAAAGUACAACAUAUGUACAUAUGACCUGGAAA